CUCCAUGGCAGCACUGUGCACUCCAUGGGAACAUUGCAUACUCCAUGGCAGCACUGUGCACUCCAUGGGAACAUUGCACACUCCAUGGCAGCACUGUGCACUCCAUAAGAACACUGUACACUCCAUGGCAGCACUGUGCACUCCAUAGGAACACUGUACACUCCAUGGCAGCACUGUGCACUCCAUGGGAACAUUGCACACUCCAUGGCAGCACUGUGCGCUCCAUGGGAACAUUGCACACUCCAUGGCAGCACUGUGCACUCCAUGGGAACAUUGCACACUCCAUGGCAGCACUGUGCACUCCAUAAGAACACUGUACACUCCAUGGCAGUGCUGUGCACUCCACUGGGGCACUGUGUACUCCAUAGAGGCACUGUGCACUCCAGGGGAGUGGUGGAUGGGCAGGAGCUGCCCCAAGGGCUCAUCACAGCAAGGCCUCCCCCAUGGAAUCUCAGGAGAAAGUACCCUUGAAGUACUUCUUAACAAGUACCUCCUAAACAAUGACAAUGAGAAAUGUUCUUCCUACCUCCAACCCUUUUAAUUGCAGUUUUGGUGUAUACGCAGCAGAUCUACUUCGUGGGAAGGAUUCUUCCUAAGCUGCAAAUUGUGUGGAAUACUGUAUUCCUGGGACUUGAAUAAACUGCAUCCUUUUUAUUAUUCAACUCUCAAAACAGGAGAGGCAUUAGAGAAGUACAUACCUCUGCUCACUACUUUUUCUCAUACCAGCCUUUGCCUGUGGAUUCCACUCACUGGAAUGCUUCUUGUGUGAUUCCCAUGGGUUUCAAAGGUAUGAUGAGAAGAUUUUAUCUUUAUUACAUCUUUCCUGCCAUUCAAAACCUCCCAAUCACUUCCUCCUUCUUUCCUGAGUAAACCUGGAACUUUAUAAAUCACUGUCUGAAGAGAAAUACCAAGAGGGAAAUAAGGACUAAUAAAGACCACUGCAGCAAUUUCAACAACAACAAAAAAUUAUUGGCAAUUAUAUGGGUAAGAAAAGAGCAAAAAUAUAUUUCUUUUGACUGAUUUAAAAUUCUGAUACUUUUAUUAUAUUGGGAAACCUGUUAAGCCCUCAGGGACAGAUCCAUUGCCCUCUGCCACAAACCUUAGCAGGUUCCACAGAGUAAAAAAAAAAUGCAAAUGGCCCAAAAUUACUAUUUCCAGUCAAGCGUUGUGAGUACCAUAAUGCUCUUUAAAUGUAAACAUGUGUUUCUCCUUUAUUUUAAGAAAAGAGGUAGCAAAGCUGAGAAAGUGCUCUGUGAUAAUAUUGAUUUGGUUAGUGUUCACUGAAAUUCCAAGCCUACAAAUCUCCUGGGAUAUACAAGACUGGAUUAAUUCAGCAGUGACUAGUGAUGCAGGGAAAGAGCUAGGAAGGUCCCGGUCUCCAGUCCAGUGACAGCUACAAUCAGCUUACCUGCCUGAGAAGCAAAACACUUCAAGCUGACCAGUCACAUAUUUUCAAAUAUCAAUUGAAAAUGAAGUGCCUUCUCAAAUUUUCUGUGCUGAAAUGGCUGACCCCAUUGUGAGUGAUAUUAUCUUGGUUCAGUCAAGCAAAGGGGAGAAGGAAGUUGAUUUUUCCCUCAAAAUCACUGUUAGUACACUGACCUGUAUUUUGAGUCACUAAGUCAUUCACUGCAUUAACAGGCAUAGCUGUCUCUGUGCUGAAGCAUGAGGUAGCCACACAACUACAUCAAGCUGAUGACAAAAAUGAGUAGAUACUUGUCACUGCCUCCCAGAAUGGCUCAGUCUGGGUGCUGCUACUAGCAAUUAGAUAUCCUUGUAUCCAAGAGGAAUGCAUAGCUUGCUCCCAUACUGCAAAUCAAAUGAUGAGCAGUUUUAAAUAAUGACCUCAAGCUCCCAGUCCUCUACUCUCACCUUCUUUUGCAAAAAAUUUUACCUCCUAAUCAUGGCCUGUUAAUUACAGUUACUUCAUGUGAGAAGUAAGGCAGAUGUCUGAAGCAUAGUUUUAAAAUGAGAUAGGUGUGGAAUUCAAUCUAAUGUGGUUUAGAAGUUUCUGAUGAAAACUAGGACCCAUCAUUGGUCCUCUCAGCUCUUCAUUGCCAGCUUCCUUGGCAACUAAAGCAUAGUCAUGGGCCAAGGAAACAUCCACAGGGCACUGUAAAUACCGCAUGAUCUUCCAGCAAUUCCCAUCACUCACUUCUUGACACCUAAAGUCAACGGGGUUCAGCCAGCAGCUCUGGAGAGCAGUGCUCCUCUGCAAGCUGGGCACGGACUUCCCUCCAAGCCAGGGGUCUGCCUGUGCUAACAACAACACAGCUGCAUGCUGUGAGAGCAGCUGGUGGCCAAGUGGGAGCCAAUAAAUAAGGAUCUGUCCCCCCGUGGCAGAGGAAUGUGACAGCGGGAGCGGGCAGAGCCAACGGCACCCGCGAGGAUUCGUCUGCACUACCCAGAGGUCAAGAAUCAGUCACAGGUUACAGCCCCAGCACGCUGCUGUCACCUUUAAAGUGAGAUCCCCCACACUGCAAGAAAAAACACAAUGAAUUGGUCAAGAGGAUUUCUGCUUUUCACCGUAGAUACCUCCAAACCUGAGCCGUAACAUCAAUUAUUUCAAACAAUCCUUUGAGUCAGGAUCUUUCAGGAUAUGGAAUAACAAAAGAGCUGAGCAGGAUUUUGACUGAGGCAUUGAAGAUAUGCUAAUUCCUUUAGCCAAUUGAUAGAUUAAAACAGAAAUGCAGACACAGAAUUUACCUAAUUCAAGGUAUUUCCCUCAGUGAAUAUUAAAAAAUCUUCACAAAAAAUAUCAAAAUUAUACUGAGGCUUGUUUCCUGAGUUUUGAGACUGGUUCUAAAUUACACUUUAAAACAAAUAAUGAAAUAUUGCAUUUAUAUUAUAUUCAGACUCAAUUUUUUCUGGGUUCUUUUCUCUUUUUUUGUAUAGUUUUCUGAAUUCAAACAUAUUUCCUAAAAUUUGCAGUCCGUUUACCACUCCAUUCUCAAAAGAUAAUUUUAGAAAUGAAGAUUUGAAUUUUUUUUUUAAGUUGCAAUACUUGUAAUGUAAAGACAAUAACUAGCAACUGCAUUAGAAGUACAAAUGUAAAUUUUCAGUGAUCCUUCCAAAAACCCAUGGUAGGUUCCCUAUACACAUCAAAGGCACAACUGUUUAUGUUUAUACUUUUUAUUGGCAGAUUUUAAUAAGCUAAUAAAUAUAAUAGACUGUAAAGACAAUAAGAAGGACCAAUACAGAACUGCACAUGCAGUGAUAGCUGUAAGUAAAUGCACUUUAAACAGACUAGGGACAAAACAGCUUAUAAAGUGGUUCAUUCAGGUCUGAUUUGUACUGCUGCAAUUAACUGGACACUGUCCCUUACAGGAUUUUUUUUUUUUAAAUUGUGAAAAUACUAUUUUCUUCUCACAUUUGCCACUUUGAAAUCUGAGAAAGAGCCAUUAGCAGAAACAUGCAGUUAAUAUUACCCUGAAAAUUAAAAGCCACAAUGCACGGAAGCACUGACUUGUUAAUACCUGGAGGACCCUGAUUUGAUUAUGCCUCUUAUCUCUUGUUUGUAACAUAUUUUGACUAUAUAGAACUGUACUUUUAUUUUUUUUUUAACCUGUGAUUUCUUUCUUGUAGAUGUGUAAAAUACAUUUAUCAUCUCUCACAUUACAUCCAGGUGUCUGAUUUCAAGUUCUCCUAUUCUGGUAUUCCUCCCAUCCUUCUUGUAUUGCGAAGUUAUGUGAAGACUUUCAAUUCCUCGUAUCCAGUGCUCUUCUCAGAUUUCAAUGGCAGCAAAAAGGCCAUAUUCUCAAAGCCAUAAGACUAUUUCUAGGUAAACUUUAAACUAAGAUACGUCAGCAAGUUGGAACCAUAAAAUUAAAUUACUUAUGAUUACAUAAUUUUCUUAUCUGAAAAGGAUAACCAUUCAUUGACAAAUAGAUAUGAUCAACAUAAACUUGAAUAGCAACAGAUUUCUGGAUUUAUCUCAAAGGCUAUCUUGUUUAAAUGAUCUUCAGAAAUUUCUUCAUAAUGCAAGUAGAACUAAAUGCCUGAUACAAAUUAUUUCUUGCAAGUGUUUGCUUCGAUUUUUAAACAAAAUUGCUUCAUUACUGCUUCUUACUUGUUUCUGUUCAUUUACUAUAGAUAUUCAAAGAGGAGUUGUAUUUAUGCUUAAAGGUAAAGCGGGACUAAAAGCAUGUGAUCUUACCUCUUCUUCCCUUUCCUGUAUAAAUUUGAUUAAACUUGUAGGGAUUUCUCACAGGCAUCUGACUCCAAAAAGAAGCUGUGGUCACUGUAUGUAAAAGUAUGAAAAGUGUGCCAAAGGGCUUUAAGGCUCCAUAUCCCAGUCUUAGUUUUCAUCUUCUGAAAUGUGAAGACAACUUCACAAGACAGCAAAGAGUUUUGUCACUUGAGUAGCAGGGCGUGGGGAGGAAUUUGAAGCUCCAUGGAUGAAUGUAAAGCCAUCCUGAAUUGGCUUUGUUUCAGCUUUAAAGCCAGGUCUCUCUACCAGACUGCAGUGAAAAAAUUAUGCUGAAAUCUCAUCCUCAGCCAGCUGGGAAUCUGCAGGGCUGUUCUCUAUUGCUUGGGUGACUUGCAUUUAAAUCUGUCUCACCUGGGGGGAGAGGAGCUUUGGGGCUGCACUCCACAAAUUGCUGCAGCUGCUGCUACUGGAUGGUGCACUCUCCCUCUCUCCAUUACCCUUCCACAACUGAGAGUCUGUCAGGCUGGAUUCUGAGCAGGCUUUUCUUAGCAGUUUGUUGGAUUUAUUUUCUUCAUAGAGCAGUGCUGCUAUGAUAGGUCAUGGAUAAGCCCUGAUCUCUCAUAUAGUUGAAUCUUGAUGACACAUAAUAAAAUUCCAGACUCAAAAUUCCAUGUAAUUACUACACAGGGAUAAUUUCUCAGUACAACACAAUUUCAGUUAAGCAAAAAAGGCUGUGGCCAGAUAUAGGAUGCAACUAUAAGAAACUGCACCAAUGAAUGCAUAAACUUCUUUCAGUUAAUGGCUAGACAUGACCAAGUCCAAAAGCUCAGGAGCAUCCAUUUCUUGGAGCUCAGACACCUGGAUUGUCCAUGGAGGUGCAUGCUGAAAGAGACACAGUUGCUCACUGCUGUUGUUAGAAGGAAUUUGUUUGAUGUGAACUCUAAAAAUAAGGAAAUCCCAAACUCUAACUCUUUUUACAGGUUUCCUCUGAUAACUGGCAAUGUUUGAUGUUAUGACACAAUGUACUUUAACUGUGUCAUGGUGAGAAUUCCUGAGAUUCCUGAUAAUAGCAGCUGGUUGUACUUAGGAAAGAAACACAUCUUGUUUUCGUUAUUCACCACUAACUCUGGGGAGGAAGACAGCAUCUUUCAUACACUAACAAUCGGUUCAAAAUUAAAUUCCUUGGAAUAACUUAUGUCAAUGUCUGACAAGAUCUGCAAGAAAUGUCCCUCCACUCUGGCCUCAAGGAUAGUUGCUGAAUUUGUGAAAGCAUGUGACAGUCACUCUCACACAGCCUUGCUAAGCAUUUAGAGUGCAUUUUGUGACCUUGUGAUGUGUGGAAGACACAUAGAAAAUGUGUUUGGGUCCAGCCUGCCUAAAAGAUACCUGUGCCUUUGGGGCUGGCUAUUGGCUUGUGAAAGUCACAGCAGGGAAAUUACAUGCAGAAAUGUAACCUUGGCUGAUUAUCUCAUUAAGAAUAAAAACUUAAAAUCAUGAAGUAAAAAAUUCUAGUCUUACUGCAAUAAAACAUUUGCAAAUUAAACAACACACAAAGUAUGAAUAUCACUGGAUGAUUUGGACAUAAUUUAUAAUUAACUUCUUGCUGGUAGCAUUACCAUAUAAAAUGAGACAACAUGCAACACAUUCAAGGCAACAUCACUGUACACCCUAAAAUUAAGAAUUAUAAAGAUAGUUAUCCUCAGAAUAAUUAUAUCAAAGUUUCACUGGCACUUUUGACAAGUCUGUGAUAACACUUCAGCUUAAUAUAGUGACCAAUUUAAACUAAACAUUUAUUUUACAUAUUGUGUAAUAUGUAAUAUGUUGUGCAAUAUGGAUUUAAUAGUAGUUUAGAUCUGUAAUCUUGGUGGUUUUCAUUCAUCUAACUUUUUAUUGUCAUUUAUCUAAACUAUGUAAGCAUUAAGACUGUAGGACUAUGACCAGUAUACUAAGGUCAAGUCUGUUAGAAAAAAACCACAAGUCUCUAUAUUAACAACUUUUUUGAAAUGUAUUAAAUGUGUGUAAUUUCUAAACAUCCCUUAGGAAUGCAAUUUCUCACUGCCAUGAAUUUCAAUACAACUACUUGCAAAUAUUGUAUGAGAGCAAAAGUGUUCAAGAAACUCAAGAGUAUUUGCAGUAAUAAACUGAGAAGAGGCCUUUGAUUGCAAAAUACAGCCAAUUAACCAGUGGAAUAGAUUGUCUAGUCAGUGGGGAGUAUCUACUGCUGGUAGUCUUUAAGAGCAGGUAAAACAGGAUUGAUCCACAUGGAGGUGGAGCUGACCCUGCCCUUUAACAGGGAUCUCUAUUGCCUUGCGCUCCAGGAUUGUCCUUCCACAGUUGAUUGUUUCACUACACUCCUUCCUUGGCCAGACCCCUAAUUUGUAUUUAGCUUUCAGCUCAUUCUUAAAGCUUCAGCCACCCUCACACUCCAGAAACCACACAGAUUGACAUAAUGAACUGGUGUAAUACUCCUAUUCUGCAUGUGCAUUGCUUUCUUUCACUUGCCUCUUCCUUAUAUUUUAGGGAGCAUACACUCCCCUGUGUGCCUGCAUGGACAUGUGUAAAUUCUAAGCACAGGUCCCAUUCCUGAUUAGCCUUAAAAUGACCAAAAUAAAUGUUUGGUGGCACAUGUUCCUUAAUCAAGUUGUAUGGGUACAUCUCACAAUGUCAUCUCACAGCUAUGACGCAGUAGGCAAUAGCUGAGACUGUACAGCGCACAGAGGUGACACAUUUUUUUCUAAAAUAAAAGCAUGAGUAAAUAUCUAAUAGCAACACAAACUUACAUUAUGUCAUCAGUUUUGAAGAGGAAAUUACUCCACAGAUUAAUGAGGAAUUCUUCAUGGAAGUCAAAGGUAUGAUGUAGUCUUAUAGCAUUAAUCAAGAGCUAAAUAUGAUCUGACCUACUUCAAACAGCCCAGCCUUUAACAGAGAGAAGAUUAAAAAAAGGCAGAGUAUGAGAGUCCAUAUUUAUCUCUGAUGUAACACCAACAAAGCCAACAGGAUUCCUUGAAGUUCUGAGUGCCUCAGAGCACCACAUGGCAAGUGCCACAGGUCAUCCUGUAAUCUGCAAGGUAUGAUGGAUUGAAAAAGCAAUGACAUUUUCCGUUCCUAUUUAGGAAACAUUAUACUAAGAAAUAAGAUAUCACAGGACUCUAUCUCAGAAAAAAUUAUUACCAUGCAACAAUGGAUGUAUCAAUUCAUUAGACAAUUUUACAAGUUUGAAUAUGAACUCACUCUAGGAAGUCCUCUGGAAUGAACAAAUCAUAAGAUUUCCUAGAAAAACACAGUAAACAUAAUUAUGCUGUAUAUAACUCUCUUGAAAAAGCAGUGAGAAAAUAAAUAGGUUAUAUUUUAUUUUCUCAAAACCCUAAAAUUUGGAGAUGAUUCAUCCAUCUGAUCAAGUCAGACUUACUGUACUGAUCCCCAGACAUAGUGAUUCCCUCUUCCCUGGUGCUGACACCAAACAUGAUAGUGUUCCCAGGCCCCCCUGAAGUUACGUUCUAAAGAGAGAGACAUUAAUAGAUAAUGACUGGGAAGAGAACACAUAAAUACCUUUUAAAAAAUUAACAAACCUCGAUUUCCUUGGACACAUGAGCAAUAAGAAAAAAUCACCCAGUAUCCUUUUAGGAAAUACCUCUAAAAUUUUCUCAGUCAUAACUUGCUUCUGGCUUCACACUCCAUGACAAGGGCCACUAUUUUCUUGUGAUGAUGAGGAGUGUCCACUCUGGCCAAAGAUCCUAGCCACUGACAGCCUUUCAAAUUUAGCAUUUUCAGUCACUCUGAUCAGGACCUCUAACCCAAGUGCUGCAUUUCCAAAAGAACAAGACCCUUGCCAACAAACUGGGAACUCAGCAGUCCCAGGGAGGGGGGACUAAAGAAGCUGUUACUUUCCCACUAUUUCCAGAACAGGUCUGUGUCACACUGUUUACAUCAUGCAUCAUUCAUCUGCUGUGAUGAAAUGUAACCCUGCGUUUAAAAAAAAGACUUCUGCAACAGUGAGGAUACUCUAUCUUUGUGAGAAGCAUGUCACAUAUUUUCCAUAGGCAUCAACUGCUCCUGCUUCUAUUUAAAUCUGUGCGGCCCUCUUCAGAGGGCAUUAGUCUCUUCAGGAAGCCCAUUCAGAAGGUGCUGAGCAGAAGAGGAGGAGAAGGCAGGAUGGCAGCAGACAGCAGUAUGGCUCCCGAGGAAAAGCCGAGCGCUGCUCCUGUGAAAAGGGCUGUCCACAAGAUCCGGAUGGCCAGCCAGGUCUUCAGCUUGGCACGAGGCUGGCAGCAGUGGGCAUCUGACCACCAUGUAAAGCAAGAGCAAGAGCCCUCUGGAUGGGUCCCCACUGCAGUGAACUCAUCAGCUCAGCCUGUACAAGAAAGUUCCUUUGAAAAAUGGCAAAUUCCAUCUGUCAAGAGGGACCAAGAAAAAGAUGAUGAAAAAUCCUUAGCAAAGGAUUCGGUGACAAUAAGAGAUGCUGGAAAAAAAUCAAGUGAAUCAGAUGAAGACCUUGAAAUGUUCAGCAUUAAAAGCAAAGAGGUGACCAAAACAGUUGUCAGCAAAGCCUAUGAACGAGGAGGCGAUGUCAGCCUCCUCAGUGAAAGAUACGAGAACAACAACAGCAACUCUGAGAUGACCAAACUCAAAGAAGAAUCAAGUGCUAUUGACAAAAUUCUUAGCAACAAAUUACCUUCAACCAUAAGGAGGAAGUGUUCAAACGUGGUAUCAGAGCUGACCAAGGGCUGGGAGAAGAUGGAAGACGAGGACAAAGAUGGGGCCAAGGGAGAGCUGCUGCUGAAGUGUCGUGAUGACAGCCUGGAUGCCCAGGACAGUGGCUACGGGGAAGCAGAGGACAAGCUCGAGCAGGAGGACAGUGACCGGGAGGUGACAGCUGUGAGGAUUAAACGGCCUGUCCCAUCUCUCGCCAGCCGGCUGAGCGAGGAGGCGCGCAGCAACGCGCGCAGGAAAUGCAGCGCCGUGCACAGCCUCAAGGACAGGUGGCAGGAAUGGGCCGACCAGCACAUCAUAACGCAGAAGCUGAACCCCUUCAGCGAGGAGUUUGACCACGAGCUGGCCAUGUCCACGCGCCUGCACAAAGGAGAUGAAGGCUACGGCCACCCAAAGGAAGGAACCAAAACUGCCGAGAGAGCCAAGAGAGCUGAGGCCCACAUCCACCGGGAGAUCAGGGACAUGUGCUUCAUCAUUGAAUCCAUGGCCAAGCCACGGCCCGACGGCAAGAUCCAAGUCACUUUUGGGGAACUCUUCGACAGAUAUGUUCGUAUUUCAGAUAAGGUUGUUGGGAUUCUGAUGAGAGCCAGGAAACAUGGGCUGGUGGACUUUGAAGGAGAAAUGUUAUGGCAAGGAAGAGAUGAUAAUGUCAUAAUUACUUUAUUAAAAUAAGUUAGGCUAUAACCAGAACAACUUUAGGAAAACUUUUCUCAUCUUCUCCCCUGCCAUUAGCAUUUGCACAUUUUGAACACAAGAUUCCCCUGUUCACAACAUAGAAAAAUGUAUUUUUUAAAAAUAUCUAUUUUAUAUAACUAGUGCAUGAAAACCCAAACACUCAAAUGAACUUCAUUUUGUACCAGGAGUGCUUUCAGGACAAUUAAGUUAAUUACUACAUAAAAAAUAAGGAGAAAAAGCUAUAUGGAAUACAAGCAGCUGAUGAUAAAAGCCCAUAGCAAUAUAAAUAGCUACAGGAAUAUGAAACAUGCCAGAUCAGAAGCUGAAUGAUGAAAUAAACUCAGACAAAGUUUUUGAUCUGAAAAAUGCUCUUGUGCAUGCACUAAUUAAUUGAUUUAAAUACAAGUAAAAUUACCUUAUUUUAAUAAAGAAUCAAAGAUACCUUUUUUUUUUACAAGCACAAUAUGUAACUAUUACUGCAGUAUUCUCUAGUUGAUACAACGGUUGACGCAGCUUUCUCUUACAUAUCAUAUUAAAAAUUCUUUUUAUAAAUGGGGUUUUAUAUAUUUAUUGUAUUUAUAUAACUAAUUUUUUUAGAUUGUUUCAUACUUAAACUUAUAGAGGUUGAAAUGUAAUGAAUAAAAAUGUUUUGAUUAGAUAGCUACCUAAAAAAUACCUUCUAUGUAACAUUGUGCAAUGUCUUAUCUGAUUAUCUAUGCUGAUACUGUUCUUAUAAAUACAAAGAAAAAUAAUAUGUAACAUAUAAAAACUAGCCACGAACUUGUACUUUCGUAUACAGCAAAAAAGUGACUAACAUAAUAAUCUUCUAUUAAAAUAUACAUCUGUGAAAAAAGAGAGAAACAGCAUUCAUAUCUUUGAGAAAAAUGUUCCACAUUACACAGAAAUACUGACCUAAUUUUACAGUAUUUGCCAUUCCAAUGUCACUAAAAUAAUGUAUUUCAGUCCAAGUGAUGCUGGAGAGGACUAAGUGCUAAUAAACUAGUGGUUUUAGGACUUAAAACUGUAUUAUUCACAAAUCUGAGAUCCCUGUAAGGUCUCUGCUACUUACUGGAUCAGAGAGAUCAGUUUCUCUACCACUGUAAAAAUAGCUAUCCUGGUAAAAUGUGUGUGCUUCACAGGAAAAGCAUUUGUUUCAGAGCAGAUGCCUGGGCAAGUAAUGAAAAAGAAGUGGCUUUUUCCCCCUUAAUAUUCUUUCAAACUGAAGGAGCAAAUAUCAUCUUACAGAAGUAGAUGUGUAUUAACAUCUUAUGUCUAAUAAAACAAAUAUUGCUGUCUUAUUAUGAGUACAGGUACUCCAGUUUGAAGCUUCACUGUAUAAAUAAACCAAAUAUUUUGUAUCUUAAUGAUACAAGAACUGACUACUACAUUGAUUCUAAAUCUAUGAAAUCAUUAAUACUUUAGUCACAUAGUUAUGUGACUCCACAGAAGAAAAAAAAUUUAAGAUAGAAUCAAUGGAGCUUAUUUAAUAUUUUCUUGGGAUCUCUUAGACUACUCAAGCUGACCUAUAAAACUAAUGUCUUAGUGUAAUACUUACAUAUAAUAAUUUUACCUGCAUAUUCUUACCUUAUUCUUUACAUCUUUACAUAAAGACAUUUUAUAGCUGUCUAAAUUGUCUUGAUAAAUUUUUGUUGUCAAAGGAAUACAUGCACUAUAAAUAAACCCCUUAAUUAUUUCUUGGGUUAUUCUCCCACACACUGGGAAAUACAUAUUCAUAUUCAGUGAAGUAAAAUGUCAGUAAGUUGCUUCAAAAUAUAAGCACACAUAUAUUCUCCUUUUCAUAGGCUGUUAAAAUAUUUCCUCUGAAGGUUUCUCUGUCCAAGGCACCAGAAAAAGACUUCAGGGUACAUGGCAACAGACCUUACACAAAACACCUGUACAAAAAAUACACACUAAAGGCAUGUAAGUGUCAAGUGAAUUAAGCUCACCGAUUGGUAGCUCACUGCAGGUAACUUAAGCCUCCUAUUCAGUCAUCCCAAUGUUAAAAUUUAUGCAAAAUAAACCAAACCCCCAACUUUCUCCUAUUCUUCCCCUCAAACUACUUUAUUUCCAAUCAGAUGAGAAAACCACGUGACGCAAGUAGUAUUUUUACUCAUACUACUCUCCAUUAUUUAUCCUUGAGUAGGCAGUAUCAUGCCAAGCAAAGUAAGCAGUAUCAUGCAAAAUUUCUGAAAAUAAUUUACCAUUUUUCUCAAAAAGAAAUAUUAAAUGUUGAUAUAAGUAACGGUGUUAGGGAGCAUUUCAUGUAGGUUAUAUGCUUUAUAGCAUUUUUUACAUUAACUUGUGUGACAAAUUUAUCCAUGGUGUGAGAGAUAGUAAAUCUGACCUCAUUAAAAAGCAAACAAAAAAAAGUACUCCCUGAAUUACCCACCCUAACUUGCCUACUAUACUCUGUUACAUUGCUGUGAAACUAGCACAACCUCUGCCAAAUUUAAAUAUUCUAAGCAGAGAGAUGAUAAAAGUCAAAACCUGCUUGAUUAAAGCAGUCUCUGUAAAUUUUUAUUUAAGACCUGUUUUCCUAGUUCUGACUUGCCUUGAAAAUAAAACCUUUAACCUUUGAGACAAUGAGCAACUUUCAGUUACUCUCAUGGUAGCUUAUAGUUGCACAUUAUUUUCUUACAUACUGUAUUUACUCCCAAAAUGUUUUACUUGAAACAGAUCCUUCACUCUCUCCUAUCUGAAGCUAGUGCUGUUUUUGCACAUCCUUGGCAGCGAAAAAAUUCUAUCCUCUUCUGUAGCAACUUACAUACAUUUUUCAUAUUCUAAUACAAACUAAGUGACAGCAUGAAACUUGUAUCAGAAGAAAUAAAAUUGACUUUUACACCUUUGGAUUUUUCCAAGUCUUACCACAGUGGCUUGAAGUGAGUGGAAGGUUCAUUGGACAUGUACUCUACCCAGCAGAAAUCAGCUCCCUCCUCCACAGCAAAAAUUCCUUCUUGACAAAUCUUUCUAUAAAAACAAGGUUCAGUAAUAUGGCUAAUUUUUAAAACAGGGGAAGGCUAUUAAAAUAAAAUGAGCUGUAGUGAAGAGCAUACUAUUUAUUCAUGGUGGUAUGUUCAAUCAUCACUCCUCACAGAACAGAUACUGGCAGCCUUCUCCUCCCACAGCCAUGUCAGGUGCCAUGUACACACUGCACUGCCCCAACUUCUCAAAUAAAGCCACUGCUGACACCUCAGGGCACAAAGCAGUUUAGCAUUCAACAGCACAUGUACUAUCAGCAGUGGAAUUAUCACAAGAGGAAACAAACUAUGAUUACAAAGUUUGUAAGGUAAGCAGGACAGCAGAAAGCAGAGCUGGCAUUUCUGCAGUGAGACAGCCAGCAGCACUGGCUUGCACAUACCACACCAAGUGUACACCAUUCCCACAGCGGGAAAUUUCCUCUCUGCUCCAGAAGCACAGUGUAGCUCUCUAUCAUUGCAGUAGCAUGUACUCUUUAAGAGGAGAAAGUUUUGUUCCCUUAACUGAGCUCUAAACUGCAAUGACAUCUGCCCUUUUAAGAAUGGAGAACAUAUCAGUGUUUAAGAUUCAAAUACUGAAUGAAGAACACAAGAUUAUUUUUUCAAGCUGAAGAAAUAGUCAGUGUUCUUACUCAUCUUCCAAGAGCAAAUUUUAUGCAGGGAUUCUAAUUCCCAUACAAAAAAAACCACUCUAAUGCAAUGUGAACAGGUGAGCAGGAAGAUGCAAACACAAGCCCCAUGCCAUAAAUUAUGACCUUUUUGCAGAUUACACAAAAUCAGGCACUAACACAGAUAGGAUUUAGAGCCAAAAGAUGGUACUUUAAGAACCCCAUGUUUGGAUCCCAGGUACCCAAAUAAAACAUCAAGUUACUCAGUACAUCUAAGUACUGGAUGCUGAGUACAUUCAGAGUACGUGCUCUGCUGGUAGAUAACGGGUCUCAUAAGCCUUCAGGGAAUGUCAAACCCCAAUGCUUUACAAUCACAGAAACAAACCUUUCCAGAAAAGACGGAAAGGAAUUCUACUGCAGAAAAAGGAUAAUGAACUGAAGGCAGAAGGGAUAUCAAGACUAUCAAGACUGUGCUUUUAUGUGUGUCAUACAGAAAUUAACUGCACCUCUGAUAAUAAAAUUCAUCAUCUUGCCUAAAUAGACAUGCACUACUUUCUACAGACCCUUUACACAGUCAGUUGCUUCACAAGUAUUGGCACAGUCACUUAUGCUUUAAAUCAAAUGUCCUUCUAUUUCUUAACUAAUUUAGUAUUUUACAAGCAUGAUUGCUAACGUACUGCUAACUAAACACUAUCCUUGAUUUCCACUUUUUUGCUUCCUCUCUGCUCUUCCAAGACUGGUCCAAUACUUGGCAACAUUCAGCUACUGAAGAUUUUUGUGUGCUUUCAUUUAAUUAUUCAAAGUAUAAUUAUUUAUAAAGUUCUUCACACCACCCUCUAAAAAACUAAAAUAUGCUUUAUUUGCAAUAUGAGCUUAGGAUAGAGACUAUGCAGUUGAAUUAACCAUUUUGUCAGCAAGGAUGAUCUGAGACUUUUCUUUUUCCCCUCUCCUUCUUCAAAAUGGUUGAAGACAAUCUAUUUCAUUCCCAUUGCUUUCCAUGGGGCUCAGAAAUGAAAAAAAAAAAAAAGAGAGAAAAUGCAUCCUAUACAUUCAGUUGUUAAAUGAACAGCAAAAAACAGCAUUUGUGCUUCUACGUAAACUCAACCCUCUAAAUAACUCCAACUCAAGUUUAUUUUUACAUAUAUUUAGAUUUAUUUGCUAUACAUCACUGUGAGCUUAUAGUACUUGAAAUCCAUUACAGGAUUUUAUUUUUUUUUGUUGUAAUAAUCAGUUGUAACUCCACAAAGACAAUAAUACUGCUGUGGAAGACCAAAGGGGAGAAAAGCCAUUUCAAUUUAUUUACAGUUCCUUAUUUUGUAAACAUUUACUCUACACAUUGUCUAAGUUCUAAGAAGGAUAAAGAGAUAUACAUAGAGACAGGAAACAAAGCCCUGUUUUUCUAUUCAUAUUGAGCAUUAGCAUAUUAUAGAUGAAACAUCUGCCCUUUCUCGUUACCAUAGCAGUAAGCUGUCUUCAAAUAAGUUUAUUUUUUUAACUUUCCAGAAAUGUAAAUAUUUUGAAAUAUACAACUACAUCUACGUAAGCCAACCCAUUUGGCUUUUAUUCCAUUUCUAGAAUAAUUUAAAGUGCUAUAAGCAACCCGUCAAUCAACACUUUUCUAUAAUAACAAAACUACUUUAAACAUUAAUUUACAAGAUAAUAUACAACGUUUGUCUGAAAUAGCUGAAAUUUCAGCACAAAGUCAGUCACUGUCACACUUAACAGCAAUUUUUUUGUUCUUUUUUGUUUUGUUUUGUUUUUUUUUUGCAGAACAUAUAAUAAAAGCUUUGAAACAAACAGUUUUGUUGAGCUGUUAUUGCCACAAUGGCUUAUCAAGUUUUCUACAAAAGUGGACAAGAGCUACUGGAACUGUAUUCUAGCCUGUCAUUUAUUUUUUGAGGUCACAUGACAGUAAGUUUGCAUAUUCCACAAGUCUACUGAAUUACAAUAUUGUCUACCUAUGAUACAUGAUGUCAUUUUAAUCAGAGCUGGUGCUAAUUGUAAAUUUACAACAUAGACCCACUCAAAAACAUCACAAGUAUUUUUUUUCUUUGGACAGGAAUAAGCUAUAUUCUUGGAGCUGAUGUGCUACACGGCUACAACAGUAUAACAGUAUAUAUCUGACACUUUAUGUUGAAGAAAGAUGCAUCUGUUUCUGUACUUUUAAUGCCCUACUAUAGCUACAAAUUGUUCACUGAGUUUUGCUUGCUUUAGCCUUUUAAUUUUUUGGAACUAUCGUAGUCUUACAUUCUCUUGCUAUUUUGUAAGUCUUUGCCACUUAGCUCAAUAUUGUCAGUAGUUGUCCCAAACCUGCGGAUCAUUAACAGCAUGUGCAAA